GAAAAAGGUAAAAGAAAGUGUCUGCAAGGCCAGUAUAACAUGAGUUCACCUCAUACUUGCUAUUGUGGUCACUUGUGGUCAGACUUGUGUGGAGUUUUCAAUCAAAUUGCUGUUUUGUUUAGCAUUCAACUUAAAACUAAUUCCUUAGUCUUUCAAUCAAAUCUCGGCAAAAUACAAAGCCCAUUUGCUUUUUACCAGAACUUUUUUUUAUAGUUAUAUUGAUGCCCUGAAUGUGAUAAACAUCUCUGUUUACCUGCAAAUGAUGUGUAAAGGUUACUGCACCUUUGAUAUUUUUAAACCCAUUUCCCAUGUUCACAGAAAUUCCAUCCAAACACAGGAAGCCCAACUUGAAAGUGAUGCAGCUUUGAGAGAUUCUUUGUAUAUCGGCUGUUAUUCUGAAAAUCCUUCUGAUAGAGAGUUCCUGGUCUCGGCUGGAAACUACAAUUCAAGCGAGCUCUAUCCUGGGCUAUGUGUAGGCAUAUGUGGAUUUCUAUCAUUUAAGUACUCCGCUUUGCAAAAUGGAUAUCGUUGCUUAUGUGGAAAUACCUUUGGCCGUCAUGGACAGCUUAGCGGCUGCAAUAUCUCUUGCCCUKCYGAUGCGAAAAGGUUUUGCGGUGGAAAAAUGGCAAAUUCUGUGUACAAUUCUUCUGGAUUGGUAGGGGUUUUUAGUAUUAACCAGCCUGAUAAACCGUUUAUUCUUUUCAAUAAAGCUAACUUAACAAUAUCAUGUACGAAUUGUACGUCAGAAAGUCCUGGAUUUGCUGUGGAUGACGGUCAGGGAACGGGUUUCUCGGAGUUUUCUAGUGAAAACUCAAAGUUCAGCUACAWGACAACAAUGUGGGGUACAAAAACAAUCAGAGCAAGAAAUUCGUUUGCUAWAGAUUUGAAAACACUUCAAAGUAAAGUGAAAAUUACAKCAAUGGUGAAACAUUUGAAGAUUGAUUGUUCAUUGUACGUCAAGAUCGGCGAGCAAUUCCAGUGCAAUGUGUUAGUCUAUCAAGGAACAGAUAUGAAGGCAGAAUGGAAGUUUGCAGAAGGAACAUCUGGAAAUCUGUCGUUGUCAGAUCCAAUAUACCAAGGCGUCGGGCCUCCUAUUCCUCAGUGGACUUUAACAAGCAUUUCCUCGCUUUAUGAUUCUGGAGUCUUCUUGAUUCCAUCGUCUGUUUUUAUCAACGAUGCCGUGUUCCUUGGCGUGGAGGUCYACGGACACACCGCAGGGACUGUCUCAAUAUUUGUAAGUAAAGUACAAAAUAUAGUAUAAAUACUACAAAACAACUCAUGCAAUACUUUAAAGGUGCACGAAAAAAAAACACCCCUCAUUCUAACACUAURAUAUUAUUCAAGGGAUUUAC